CUUUAAUGCCGAAGGAAGAUCAAAUGAUUUACGACGUAAUAAAAAACCAUCAUCUGCAUCGAAAAAAUCCACUGUAAGUGAUCCAUCAUCCCCAACGUCACCAGCUACAAUCGCAAAAAUAUCAAA